AACAAGCCGUGUCGUCGACGGAAGCCAGGCGCUGCGUCUCGUCUUCCGACAGUUAUUCCUUUAAAGGCGCAUUUAAAGCCCUGGCUUCAGUCGUGGGAGCAGUGGACAGCCUGUGAAGCAGCAGCAUUCUGCCGCAGAGCCAGAGCAGCGACUGUCCGGCCUCCCGGAGGACACAAACACUGAGCCGACUGGCUGUCAACGACCCGGCGAGGAUCGACUGCCCGGUUUGACAUCCACAGCCAGGACCAAAGGAACAACGUCUCGGGGACAUUUAUGAAGCUUUCGAUGCCUUUUGAUUAAUCAGCCAAUCGAUGGGGAUUUCUACAGGAGCUCCGCCCGCCAUCGCCACCCGCCCUCCUCCCCCCUCCACCUGCAGCCUGUUGCACGCCCCCACCCACACCAUCAUCCAGCCCCCCAGACACAAAAUGACUCUGGAGCUCACCGAAUGGUCUUCUAUAUGGAUUUUUACUGCUUGUAAUAGACAGUAAAGAAACACAAAGCUGCAAACCUCAAUGACAAAAAAGCCAUAAAUACCCUAUGCACCCACACACACACACACAUCCACACACUCACAAGCACUCUCACACACAACACAUGCAAACACUGGCAUACCAACAAACCAAAUAAAUGUUCAAGCAGUAUCUCACACACCUCUCAAGCCAACACAAGGAAGGAAACGCACAAAGCCGCUCUUGGAAUGUACCACUCACUCUUCCAGUGAAAUACAACUGCUCACUUAUUUUUUGGGGAUUUUGUAUAAGCCUCGGAAAGCUGAUUUGCAUUUCUUUUAACUGGGUGGAAAACAAGAAGGAUUUAAUUUGAAGUUGCAGUAUUUUUUUUAUUUAUUUUUUUGGGAGGACAAUUUGUUUGGGGCACAAGUCGUUGCGGAUUUCUUUUUGGCUUUCUCCUCUUUUAGAUCUGAGAAAAUUCUUGAUAGAUUGAGAAAUUGUAGCUUAUUCUCCAGUUAUUUAACAUUUGUAGGCAUUUUAUUUUAACUAGAACAUUUUGUUGUUGAAUACUUACAGGUCAGUCUGUUACAUCCACUGGUUGCAGUUUGUAGCUUGACAAAAUUUGAGUGAAUUGCUUUAAGAAACGUACUGUUAGUUUGAAAUAAGCUGCAACAAACUUGAUACAAUAAGUUUGUGUUUACCUUUAGGAGUUGCAAAAUAUUCAUAGCUUUUCUGCGCUAGAAGGGGAGUUUUCUUGUUGCGUGCAUGCCCUCCACCAUGCCUCCGCAGAACACAGAGGCUGACACCAUGCAGGUCGGGUCUCUGGUUGGCGGGAUCGGCGCCAAGAAAUCCAGCGCAUCGGGCCCGGAGGAGGAAAACGCAGGAGCAGGCGGCGAGGCGGAUGGAUUGGGGGGCGAAGGAGGAGGCAAAGGAGGGGAGGAGUCGGCAAGCGAGGCGUCCAUUGAAGGUAUUCCCUUGAAGAGAUGGGUGAUGCACGGCGCAGUGAUGUUUGGCCGAGAGUUCUGCUACGCCAUGGAGACGGCACUGGUGACACCUGUGCUGCUGCAGAUAGGUCUUCCGGAGCAGUACUACAGUCUGACCUGGCUCCUCAGUCCGGUUCUGGGCCUCAUGUUCACGCCGCUGAUCGGUUCGGCCAGCGACCGCUGCACUCUGCGCUGGGGCAGGAGGAGGCCGUUCAUCCUGGCCCUCUGCAUAGGAGCCCUGAUUGGAGUGGCGCUGUUUCUGAACGGGUCGUUGAUAGGUCUGUUGCUUGGCGACGAGGAAGGCAGACAACCAAUAGGCAUCGUUCUCACUGUGCUGGGCGUCGUAGUGCUGGACUUCUGUGCAGACGCCACAGAGGGACCAAUCAGGGCAUACUUGCUGGAUGUCGCGGAUACGGAGGAGCAAGACAUGGCGCUCAACAUCCACGCCGCUUCUGCUGGCCUCGGUGGUGCAGUCGGCUACGCUCUUGGAGGUUUGGACUGGACGCACACGUUUCUUGGAGCAAUCUUUAAGUCCCAGGAGCAGAUCUUGUUCGUUUUCACUGCCUUCCUGUUCACUAUCUCAGUGAUUCUCCACCUCUUAAGCAUUGAGGAACAGCAAUAUUCGCCACAGAGCAACCGGCUCGAACAGGAGAGUCCAAAGUCCAACCACCUGCAGCCGUCAGCUAAUGGCAGGCCUGGACUUCUUGCUCCCAACCUGGAAAUGAUCGGCGAGGAUGAUACGAUAGAAACCUACGACUUCUACGAUUACGGUGACGAUCAUUCAGAGCAAGGAGACAUGGACUUUCUGGAAGUAGAGCUAGUCAGAAGUAAAAGUGACAGCGUUCUCGCCAUGGCGGACGCCACCCUCGACCAUCUGGACCACGACGCUCUGUUCCUGUGCCACCUGGAGCCAUCCAUCUUUGCCGAGCGCCUCUCGCCUUACCACGGGACACCCCCGAGGAUCCCGUCCUUCUUCAGCCCCGACCACAGCAGCUCCAGUCCGCGGCUCGCCAGCAUCAGGCGCAGCAGCAGCGCGGGCAGCGAAGACUUGCUUCGCUCCCACCACGCCAAUCAACACACACACACUCCCACGCCCAGGAUCUCCCGCCUGUCAGCUUUCCUGCAGGAGAUGGAGAACGACGACGGGCAGGAGGCCCUGCUGAACAACCAGCUGAAUGAGCAGCGGACUCUGAAUGGGCGACUGUUGGCCAGAGUGACGAACGCAGACACAGGGAGUUCAGACAGGCUGAGCUGUAAAGGACAAGCACACCGUGCCGGGAUGGUUAAAGCCGCCAGCACCGGAGCUCCCAUGCGACAGCCGCGCCGCCAUCACACCUUCUACCGCCAGCCGUCCUGCACCUUCUCAUACUACGGCCGCGUGGGGAGCCACCGUUACCGCUACCGCCGAGCCAACGCUGCCCUCCUCAUCAAGCCGUCUCGCAGCAUGAACGACCUGUACGAAGUGGAGGCCCGACACAGGAGGCGGAACAGGAGGCGGAGCAGACACCGCAGCGGGAAUACGAACUCCUCCAGCGGGGACACAGAGAGCGAGGAAGGCGAGGUUGAGACGACCGUACGUCUGCUGUGGCUGUCCAUGCUGAAGAUGCCUCCAGAGCUGCUGCGACUCUGCGUCUGUCACCUGCUCACCUGGUUCUCCAUCAUUGCUCAGGCAGUGUUCUUCACAGACUUUAUGGGACAAGUCAUCUACGAAGGAAAUCCUACGGCUCCUGCUAACUCGACCUCAUUAGAAAAUUACCACAGAGGGGUUCAGAUGGGAUGCUGGGGGCUGGUUAUUUACGCCAUGACUUCUGCUAUAUGCUCAGCUGUUCUUCAGAAGUAUCUGGACAACUUUGACCUGAGCAUCAAGGUCAUCUACGUCAUGGGAACUCUUGGAUUCUCAAUAGGAACUGCUAUAAUGGCAAUCUUCCCUAAUGUGUAUGUUGCCAUGGUGAUGAUCAGCACCAUGGGCCUCAUCUGUAUGAGUAUCUCCUACUGCCCCUACGCGCUGCUGGGACAAUAUCACGAAAUGAAAGAGUACAUCCAGAACAGUCCUGGUAACUCCCGCCGAGGGUUUGGGAUCGACUGCGCCAUCUUGUCCUGCCAGGCUUACAUCAGUCAGAUCCUGGUGGCCUCAGCUCUGGGCGCAGUAGUGGAAGCUGUGGACAGUGUGAUUGUCAUUCCCAUGGUGGCCUCUGGGGGCUCUCUUCUUGGGUUCUUCACCGCCUGCUUCUUGGUCAUUUACCCAACACCAAACAAUGGGGAAGUGGACUCCACCAAAUCUUCAGAGAAACAGGCCUUGACAACGGUGGAAAACCCAAGCAGCAACGAAGGCCCCGUUACCGUGGUGACAGAGAAACCUACCUUCCUGAAGCUCAACAAGGAGGGAAAGGCGGCCACCACCACCACUUCCUGUCACGUGGAGAAUGAGUCUGCUCUGUGAUUGGCUUGCAAAAUAGAGUAAAUUGACCAUCGGAAGUGAAUCGUUGGAUGAGACUAAAAUGUUAGCUUGGUCCUUCUCUGGGUUUUUGCUUUUUGAGACACUAAAUAAUUCAAUCUGCUGUGAAGGCCGGUGUCGCGUCACAUCAACUGGUCCAAGUUCUUCUUCAGCAAUCGGCAGAAGUUGGAUCGACACUCAGGUGUAUCCGAGUCAUCCAGGAUGAGGCUGUUUGUGUCUCUCAGGGGUUUCUGAGAGGAAACUUUAAUAAAAACUCUUUCUGGGGUCAGACGGACACCUUUACUCUGAUCACUGCUGAUGAACAUUAGUCCUUAACGCUGCAAUCAUUACAAAAAAAAAUGCUGAACAUUGUUCUUCCUCAGCCUGGAGUCAACUUGAUCGAACUUUCGCUGAAGCUGAUGGAUGUAUUUGUCUCCGGCGGAGGCACUGCGUUCACCAAAACAACAAAGCACUCAGCUUUGCAGGACUUUUCCGGCGCUCUGCGACAGUAGCUUUAAGACUCUAAAGACUUUUGGAAGAGGUGUUUCUGAUCCUCUGAGCUCAAAGCCUGGUACCUGGGGAAUAUUUAUCACUCUCUCCCCUGAAGUCAAUUGCAGAUGUUUUGCUUUUGCUCUCUUCCACAUUGCAGCAAUUUUUGUCUGUCUGUUUCUUGCAUGGCAAAUAUGAUAUAUCAUAUGAUCUGCUCUGAGGAAAAGCAAGUUUAUUUGAUAUAAUUCCAGAAAAGAAAAAGCAAGGUAUGCAGUUUACUGGGCAUUACAAUCCCAAAUAUUGUUCCACUGACAAGUCAGAAGGUUUUGGUUUAUCACAGCUAAGCUACAUGCUGCAGGUUUAUUAAGCAGAGACAAAAGAAAAAACUUACCAGCAAACUGGUUUGAGUCAGCUUUUACAGUAGGCUGCAGGGUUCAGCAAGAAAAAAAAAGGUUUAUUUAAAAUCACUUUUUGCAGGUUUAGAAAGGAAGCAGCAGGAUGGAGACCAGAGAAGUGCAAAAUAAAUCUGUGUUGAGGGUUACGAUCAAGUUUUUUACUGUUCAUCGUUAAUGGGUCAAAUUUAAGAAUUAAAAAAGCAUAUUGGCAAUUGUAGUAGCAUUUGGAUGGAGAAUAAGCUUUUUGGUUAUUUUGAUUCAACUAAGAAUGGGUUCUUGUUUCUGUCCUGGACCUCUCAGAGGGCUCAGCCUUGCUGUAGUAUGAGCGAUGCCCCACAUAAAUACGCACUUGUUACGAAGUGCGUAUUUAUGCAGGUAUGCAUAAAUACAUGCAGGUAUGAAAAGCAGUAGAGUGCAGAUAAAGAAGUGAAACUAGCAAUAAAAAUAUUACUUCAACCAGUUAAACCAGAUUAGUUUUCUUCUGUAUUUUCAGGCACAGUGUACACAAUAGACAACGCCUUGUAAAAGUAUUUGAACAUUUUCCACAUUUUGUCUCUUUACAACCUUAAACAUCAAUGCGUUUAACUCUGGCUGGAGUGUUUUGUAGCCUGAAAUUGCCAACAAAAGUAUAAUUGGUAUAAAUACUCUUUCUAGGUUCUGUAAAUUCGGUGAGCAGAGGUAUUUGUGCUUAUGGGGAAAAAGAAAAGGAGAUAUGGGACAAUGACAGAUAACCUGAUGCGCUACUUAAGUUGAAUCUGUAAACACAAAGGCAAUACCAUAUUUUGAAUUAAAUGCAUGGACACUCAACUUCACCAGGGUUCUGGAGAUUUGCAUGCUACAGCAGCAAUUUGCACGUGUAGAACACCAAAGUGUGACUCUGUACAAAUGGCUCAAACCCUUUUCCUUUGUCGUCCUAACUGGUCAGGGGCCUAGAAUUUUUAACGCAGUGUCUUUGUUUUUUUUUUUUACUUGAAAUGUGUGAAAACAUGCACUUUUGAGAUGGGCAUGUGCUGCAGUCGGUCUGCACUCUAAAGAAGCUUGUAACCUUUUCGCUUCCAGUUUUGCACAAAGCGGCAGACGGCGUUUGUCGUCAUUUUUCAAGCAGCCGAGACGCUCAGACGUGGGAUUGUCCUUCGACAUGAAGCUCCUGUUUUCUUGUUUUUUUGAUGAGACGCUCUGGGCCGCAAAUACUUGAAGUGCAAGUUGAGUGUUUCUACUCCCUUUGUAGCGAGAAAGUGUUAGAAAGGUGUUUGUUUUUUGCCUUUUAGAUGAAUGUUCAACCAGCACGGCCCCACCAGUGGCCUGCUGGGAGAUUGAGUUCUUAACCUUUGAUUCCAUCUUGUGACUAAAAUGAAUGUGAGCUGAUUUCAGCUGAAAUCGUUCUUGUUUCGGAUGUUCGAGUCAGGGUGAGCGUGCUGAUAUUGCAUAGAACUUGCACAUAAGUUUAAAAAAAAAAAACAGCAACACAAUGCAGUGGAGUUAUGUUGCAGAAGACAGAACUAACUGUGGAUAUUUAUUUUUUAAACUUUAGCUUCUCUAAAGCGACAGCUUCACUUAGUGUUGAGAAGACAAAGGUAAAGCCAUUUUAUUUGGUGUCAUGGGGGACGCUAAAGGGGUAAACUGGAGUGUGUCUGUCGGGGUGUGUGGGAUGUGAUGUUCACAUUUAAAGCAGAAGACAGGCUUUACAAACCGUCAUCUCAGUGUUUGUUUUUGGUUCUUGUUCUGUUUUUUUUUUUGCAAACGCCUGGUUUACACUUAACUCUGGAAACGUCCGCUGCAAUACUGAAAUACAGGUCUCUGUUUUGAUGUAAAAAAAAAAAAAAAAUGGUUGUACUUGUUUUCUCGGGCUGAGCCACUCGCAAGUUUAGCUUCUGCACUUUUCCAGUGGCCACUAUGUUGGUUUUCCUGAUGGGUGCAUGAAUGUGGAGACUCCGUGAAGCUGUUUCUGUUAUUCCAGCGAGCAGCGAGUCGCUGCAACCUGUCGAAUCUCAAGAGUGUGGCUGUACCUCGAGUGCUUUGUGUGGUUAACGGCGGAGGAGAAAAAUGCCUUUAUACUCUGAUUUUAAUAGAGAUUAAAUCAAGACAGAUAUUUAAAGAACGGGAAAGCAGUUAUAUGCCGUGUAAUUAAUAAAUAUAUACAUAUAUUAUGCCUUGUUCACUGAAAAGAUGUAAAUAUGUGUCUCUUUUUAGUUUAUUCUUUUUUGUUGCUAUAAAAAAGAUGAUUAUU